GGGGCGUUGGGUUUUUGAGUACGUAGACAAACGACGGUCGGUCCCAGUGCGCGAGGCGGCGGAACUACCAGCGCGGAUAGAAGACAAACAAACAAACAAACAACUGAACGAACGAACGAACAAAAACAAACAAACAACGACGACGACGACAAUAUGGUGGCCAAACAGAGGAUCCGCAUGGCGAACGAGAAGCACAGCAAGAACAUCAACGCAGCGAGGAACGUGGCCAAGACGACGAGGAACCUCACUGAGGACAAAGGUGUGGGGCCGUGGCUGCUCGCCCUCUUCAUCUUCGUGGUCUGUGGAUCAGCCAUCUUCCAGAUCAUCCAGAGCAUCAGGAUGGGCAUGUAGAGUGAUGUCACCAGCAGGGGGCGGGGCCACCGAGGACCGCCGAGCACCGACACCAUCGGAGUGCCGGGUUACCGCCCCAAAAUGGCCAAAACAUUCCUGAACUCUGACCAUGGUCACCUGAAUGGACCAGAUCCCGCCCCAGACCAUCAGCCACCGCCCCCUUCAAAUAAACCCCGCCCCCUGAAACCAGCCUGUUAUCUAUUGAUUUAACCUGCCGCUGCCCGCUGUUCUUCUCACCGUGUUUGUUUCACUCUGUGCCUUUCUCUGUUUACCUGAGCUUUGGCCCCGCCCCCUUCUCAGUACACCUUAUCAGUCUGGUGGGAACAGGGUGGGGGGGUCACAGCUGCAGACCAAAGUGAUGACAGUGUCUGGAAAUGAAGGUCUUUUGAAUCAGAAGGUAGUGAGGAGCUCCCAGGUGAGUCUGCACCGUGUGCAGCUGCACCUGAACAUUCCUGUUCACUCAAUAAAGUUAAUUUUGAAUAUGGAA